AUGAAAUGGCAAACGCAGUUCAGCAUGAACAACGAGCGGAUUAGCGAGAGACAGAUCCUCAAAGGACUCAUCAAGAUUGAUGCUUGUGACAUUAGGCGGUGCCUUCCAAUUAAACCCUUGAACCAUCCUAGCGAGAAGCAUGAUGGUCAUCACAGUCCCAAGUAUCGGAGCCAUGCAGCCAUGCCGCUCGAUACUGAAGUAAAUGAACCAUUCUUGACUGAGGAAGCUCCUAAGAUAUCCGAUGGAGAAACAGAUAAGCAAGCCUUCAACGCUGUUGAAGCAUGGAAGCACUCUGACUUCCUAUGUAGGAACUAUGUCAUGAAUGGCUUACAUGACUCAUUGUACAAUGUCUAUUGUGCAAAAAAGACGGCAAAGGAGUUAUGGGAAGCCUUGGACCGGAAAUAUAAAACAGAGGAUGCCGGAGCAAAGAAAUUUGUUGUCGGUCGAUUCCUUGACUAUAAAAUGGUGGAUUUUAAGACUGUGAUCAGUCAAGUGCAAGAAAUUCAAGUGAUCUUGCAUGAAAUUCAGGCUGAAGGAAUGAACUUGAGUGAAACCUUCCAAGUGGCUGCUAUUAUUGAAAAGCUACCUCCUGGAUGGAAGGAUUUCAAAAACUAUCUCAAGCACAAGCGAAAGGAAAUGAACCUGGAAGAGCUGAUUGUUAGACUUCGAAUCGAAGAAGACAAUAGAGGAUUUGAACGCAAAGGGUUCAAUCCUAAUACAGCUAAGGCAAAUGUUGUGGAGCUUAGACAAGGCCACAAGAGCAAGAAGAUUGCCAAGCCAAAGUUGGGACCAAAAGGAGGAACUUCCGAAUAA